AUACAAGUCAAUCUGGCAACCCGUUUCUUAGAUACCACAGUUGUUAUGGGUUCUGGAAACAAACCUGGAAUUAAAAAUCGCGAUUAAUGUCAUCUGGACAAAUCCAGCUCCUGCAGAGACCUCUUCCUCCUAAAAACACCCCUGCACGUUAAGCAAGCUGGUUUUAAUGCAGUGAAGUCUGAGGAGUAAAAGUUUACAUGAAUUAAAUUAACCAUCACAGAUUAAUGUCAUCUGGACAAAUCCAGCUCCUGCGGAGACCUCUUCCUCCUAAAAACACCCCUGCACGUUGUAGGCUGGUAGAGUGCAGUCUUUCCCAAGAUGAUGAAAAAAGGGAGGAAACCAGUGAACACAGCAGCCAUGGCGACACACCUACGUCAAAUUACUGUCCACCCUCUACACCACUGGCUUUCUCCCGUCCUGAAACUCCACUUACACCACACAAAAUUAUUAACUCUUUUCCUUCUCGACCUUUACGAAUUUUCCCCAAAGCCCCUAUUUUGGGUUUACUGGAAGAUAAUCCUCGCUAUGCACCUCUUCCUCCAAUCUUCUGCCUAGAUGACUUCAUAAAAUCUGGCAAGUCAGAAAGUGGUACAGUCCAGCCUGGCAAAUCUGAGUCAUCGAGGUGUAAACACAAGAAGUUUAUCGAUCACUCCAUGUUGGAGCUGCACAGUGGGCAUCAGAGAGAAGUGGCCAAUCUAAUUCUGAGCUGUGAGGUGCUGCCUCCAGUAGAAAGCAGGACUCCACAAAGGCAGAUCUUAUGUGAGUUGGCUGCUCUGACCUACAUGAGGGCACGGGCAGAAUACCUGAGGCAUCUAGAAGAUAAUAGAAUUUUGUGGACACCUGACGAGAAGCUGACUGUGCACGCACACACAUCACAUGAUGAAAACCAAGUUGUCCUGAGUUCCAUUACGGAUAAACACUUCCAGGGUUUACGCCGCUCGCGAUCACCUUUCCUCACUUCAGUCAGUCCAACCGAACAUGCUGUUCUUGAGUGCAUCAAAUAUGGCGGCUCUUUCCUCAACCUUAAGGCUCAUUUUAUUUCCCAGCUGCCAGAUCUGUCUCUGCUUGUUUCAAGUCUCCUUUACCUUAAUCUGUCAUUCAAUGAUUUCAUUGAGUUUCCUUUAGAGACAGACAAAGAGUUUUUUGGAAAGUGGAGAGGUACCAAAGAUCCAGACAGGCAGGUAUGUAAGCUCAGUAAACUAGAGGUGCUGAAGUUAAGGGACAAUCCCAUUGAGGAAAUUCCUGUGGAGAUUGAGAAGCUAAUUAACCUGAAGACACUUGUGGUCUCCUUCUGCAAGCUAACCGCUUUGCCCUGCCAGUUAUACAAUCUACCCUCUCUGCAACACCUGGAUGUGUCUCACAACCUCAUUGGCCAUGUAAGCAAGAAGAUCAGGAACCUCAGAUCACUACUCUAUUUAAACCUAGAGGGGAAUCAGUUAACAGGUCUACCCAUAAGCCUUCAGAGUUUGUCUGUGUCCCAACUGAAAUUGGAUGGAAACUGGCUGUCAACACAAAACACACCACAUCACACACAGACUGGCAUUAAGAUUCACCAUGUGUGUCUAUAGCCUCGUCUACUGAUGAUAAUCCAGUAUUCCUUCCUGUUUCUCCAGUAUUCACGUUACGCUUAUGCAUUAGUAGAUGUCAGUUGUGGUUGUGUUGUUGCAUGUUGGAUUUAUUUAGGGAAAGAAAAAGUUUUUUUUUUACCUACAACUGGCCCCCAAUAAAAGUUUCCAAUACAAGUCUUAAUAAAGUCAUUAAUUUAAAA